UAGUAAAUAGUGGAAAGGAUUAAAAGGAAAGAGAUAAAGGUUUUACAAAAACAAAAUGAUAAGCGAUAACUUAAAUUUAAAAUUCAAAUCAAAUGUAAUUAGGUGAUAAAAUGCUUAACUUAUCGGUAAAUACAAUCGGACAAGCAAAAGUCAACACUUGGCUGAUUACGUCCUAAUUCUAACCUUGCUUUGUCAUUUCAUUCCACAUUACAUUCAGCAGACAGUGAGUUUUGGCUGAUCUCAGGACUCAGAAUCUUUAAUUUUAUUUUGCCAAUCAGUUCAAAUAAAUAUGGGCUCGAAAAUUAACGGGUUUGCCAAAAAAAUGGCCAAUCAAUUGAAAUCCAAAGAGUUUCGAGAAUACUUGAUGAGCACGCACUUUUGGGGUCCAGUCGCCAAUUGGGGCAUACCUCUAGCAGCUAUAGCGGACUUCAAAAAGGACCCCAAGUUUAUCAGUGGCAAGAUGACAGUUGCCCUUUGCCUAUACUCUGCGAUGUUCAUGAGAUUCGCCUGGAAAGUCCAACCUAGAAACAUGCUUUUGUUCGCCUGCCAUUUUACUAAUGAGGGCGCCCAAUUAGUGCAACUAACUAGAUUUGUUCAGUUCAAUUAUUUUGAAAAAAAAGAUGUGCAGAGCUAGUAGAACUGUUGAAAUUUGUUAGUAGAACAGGUAAAGGUUAUUGGAUCUGUAGGUAAUUUUAUAUUAUAUUUUAUACAAUUUUACUAAAAAUUUAUACUUGUAAAUAUAUGGUUUUUAUGGUCAAAUACUGUCACAUGGACAUAGAUACUGAAAACAAAUGAGAAUAGGCAAAUAUUACUAUUUGUCCUAUGUAUUUGAAUAUUUCUUUUUACUUUAUUAUUUUUUUAGCUUUAGGCAAGAUGUUCAAAUGUUUGUUUUGGAAAGUAAUUAUUAUUAUUGCUUUUCAUUCCAAGUACAUGCUUAUAUAAUUUUUUUUUAUUUAAUUGUUAUCUUUACUAAAAACAGUACAGAGUACAGAGAAAAGUUUUCUCAAUGGGCUAAAAAAUGUUACCUUAUUAUAUACCUCAAUUAUAUACAUGUUUUUGUGCAAUUUCAAGUUUGUAAUGUGUUUCUCAACUUGAUUGGAUUAUUUAUUAUGUGCAAUAUUUAUCAUUAUUAGAAUAAUGUAAAUAAAUGUAUAGGAAAUAUUUAUUUUAUAUAUUGGGCACAAGAAAUUUCUUACCAUACAAAAACAACCUACCACUAUAAAUAAUUUAAUUUUUUUAUGUAUAAAUCAUAUUAUGUAUUUGUAUAUAAUUUCAAGGGUAAGUUACCCAAAGUAGAUUUUAUUAAAUUAAUAUUUUAAACAAGAAAAGCUUGUUAUCAUAAUGUAUCUGCAUUUAAAAACUCUUUUCUUAUUAUAAAUUUUUAAAAUUAUUGUUUUAAAAGUAGUAAGUAGUAGAAAUUUUUACUCGAGCACAUUUAGGCUAGAUUCUUCACUUUUUAAAUCAAAUAUACAUUGUAAUUUAGUGAGAUUUUGAUCUACCUAACAAUAUGCUCAAAUAUAUACUGUGUUAGAGUAUACAAUUGAAAUCAGGGGACAUUAGUAGUUUUUAGUCAGUCAACAAAUCUUUGUUCCUUAUUGUAAAGAAUCUUGAAAUAAUGUAGUUCAGGAGUCCCUUAUUGGACCAAAGCCAAAAUAAUUUUAGAAAAAAAAAGAUUGGUGUUUUAAACAAUCACUUCCACUAUUUUUUAGUUAUUAUUUCAUUGUUGUUUAUUAAUAAAUACAUAUUUUAUUUAA